AUGAAGAGCCAACACCGUUCGAAGCCUGCGGGUACCGCGGGAAAUGGUUCCACGUCCUCUUCGAAUACUACUCCGACACCGGGAAUCAAUGGCCACCGCCGUUCUGGAUCCAAGCACAAUGGAACGAAAGAGGCUUCUCCCUCAGCCGCCGAAUCCUCUGCUAAUAAUCGCUUGGUGGACAUAUUGGCUCGUGCCUCGGGCAAACAAGUGAUUGCAACCGUGUCCUCGGGUGCAAAGUACCAGGGUGUUUUGCUGGCUGUUGAUCUAUCCUCCGCCAACGGUUCGGCCUUGUCGGUAGUGUUGGCCAAACCCACCCAGGUGUCCAAACCACUCCUUAAUGAAAAAAGCAACAGCGACGACACGUUGCCAGAGCAGCUAAUCAUUCAAGCCAAGGACUUGAUCGAUAUCGACGUCAGAUUGGCCAGGGAUCCCGGUCUGACACCCCCAGCAGACGACAGGAAAGCAAAAGUGGAGAAACUACCCGAGCCUCUGAAUGAAUCCAUUAAGAAAGUCGAGAAUCCUCCUACGCGCGCUGAAAAGUCUCAGGAGGGCCACCAACGUCGCCCUCUUGGUAUUAUAGGGGAGCCAGACAAGUCUUACGAGAGCAACUUCAAACUCGCUGACAUCUUGGCAGCAAAGCCUAUCCCGGCUCAGAAUCUCACGCAUAUUCAGCCGAUAACACCCAAGCCUGCUCCCCAAGUGGGCGCCUCAAAAUUCAAAACCGAUUCGGAUAUCUCUUCGAGGUUUCAAGUACGUGAAAGAGAGUUGCAACGCUGGGUGGCCGACGACGAUAAUGCAGACUUGACUUUGGAAGACUCGUCCAAUGGAGCAUGGGACCAGUUCAAGGUGAACGAAGAAAAAUUCGGUGUGGAGUCCACUUACGAUGAGCACUUGUACACAACGAGAAUCGACAAGUCUGCUCUGGACUAUCAACAACGGUUGGAAAAAGCCGAAAGGUUGGCUCGUGAGAUCGAGGGCCAAUCAAGCACUGACCGCCAUGUCAUGGAAGAAAGAGGCGUUCAAGUUGAUGAUAGUGGGUUGGAUGAGGAGGACAAGUAUUCCGGAGUUAUUGCAGACUCUGUGGAUACCAGAGGUGUAGAGCUUAUGGCUGCCCUCAGAAGUGCCUCAAUUUCGAAGGACCAGAAUGCUGCUGCUCCUGCCACUGGAAGGUACGCAACCCCAAGGCAACGUGCUGCGCAGUAUCAUAAUGAUCCUGCCAUUGUAUCGAGCUCUGCAACGCAACCUGCUCAGGCCCCUGCUGCUGCAAUUAGUGAAAAUUCUCCAGAAACCAGUGAUGGAAAGGCCACGGCUCCCAAACCAUCAUCCAUACCACCAAAACCUCCAGUGGCCCAGCAUGGCGAAUCCUUUAGAUUGAACGCCAAAAGCGAAAUCAACGCACUUAAAGAGUUCAGCGCUAAUUUCAAGGUUCCUCAUAGAAUGCCCAAUGACCUCUUGCCAAUUUUGGCUAAAGAUAAGGUUAAGCAGGACGAGAUCUUGCGCAAGCUGGACCCGCCAAAAAAGGCUGCUUCGCCGCCGGAGUCCAAGAAGGACCUUAAGCUGUUCAAGUUGAAUCCUAAGGCUGCAGUGUUCACUCCGUCAUCCAAACCAGGCCAGCAGUCGUCGCCUGUGCCUCCUAAGGCUUCGUUUUCAAAGUCCCCAAACAAUCCUUCUCCAAGAAUGCAUAAUCAAAGACCAUAUUCGAGCAACUCGAGCUCUGGGCAGGUUAAAAGACACCACCAGAUCACUGCUGCCGAUUUUUUCGGAGGUCAGGACAAGGUUCCUACAGCAGCAAGUCAAAAGGAAAAGAUCGAGAAAAUGAAGAGUGGAUUCAAUUUGUUUGCCACUGCUCAAAGAAAUCAUAAAGAUGCUUCUACGCCUCUUAUCCUCGAAAAAGCGUUCCAUACGCCUCCAACUUGGGACUCUACUAUUGAUGAAAACUACGAAAAGCAUCUCUUGCUGCAGGUUCUGCCAGCCAGCAAGACACCUUCUAUGAUGCCUAGUCCAGGAAUGCCAUACAUGCCAAGCCCUGUAAUGGUGCAAGGAGCGCCUCAGAGAGGGACGGGAGCGUUCCCAGGAGCACCAAGUGGUACAUUUUCACCACACAUGCAAAGCCAGGCAUCAAUGGCAGCACACUUCCAGCAACAGCAAUUCCAGGCUGCAUUGCUUUAUCAGCAGUUCCAAGGCGGCGUACCUCCGGGACAACCCCAGAUGAUGUAUGACAACCAGUUCAUGCCUCCUGGGUUCAUUCCCCAAGGAUUCGUAAGCCCUGGAAGUCCCGCUGGCGGAAACAUGAUGAUGGGUAGUAAUCCGUAUGGGGGCCAUUUGCACAAUCAGGGCCACCAGAAUAACUACAACCAACAUCAUCAGGGCAGAAGAUACAACAACAAUAGUACCCAAAAGCCUCGAGGCAGUCAGAGUUAA